AUGUCUCAUACCCUGUGGACACUAUUAAUCCAGCACACUGGUGAUCCAUCCGGUGUGGGGCAUACGCUGAGCAACAGCGAGAAACGCGCUUACUUGGAUGCCGAGGUUUGCUUGCUGGGCAAGGCCCCCAAGUUUGGCUUCGAGGGGGCCAAAAACAGGUUCGAGGAGCUCCAGGCCGCUCAUCAAGUCCAGGCUUAUCUCAUUCAUGGAGUUUGUGGGUACCAGGGAGCGCAACCAUACUGGGAUGAGACACGGGAUGCCGGUCGCGUCAGUGAGUCCGAGAUCCUUGAUCCGGACACUGGUUUCGGAGGAGAUGGUGUGGGUGAGAGGGGUUGUAUCGCCGACGGACCGUUUGCAGGCUACAUCAACAGCAUCGGGCCAGGUUAUAGGAUUACGGAUCGCUGCAUCACACGCUUCGUGAACAACACCCGAAGCUUGAUGGCUAGCCCCCGUUUCACCGACAGGUGCCAAGGCAUGAAUCGAUAUGUUGACGUGUGGCCAUGCCUCGAGGGAAACCCUCAUAAUUCGGGCCAUGGCGCUAUUAGCGGACUGGACGGCUCCGAAGCGACGAUCCCCGCCGACGGCCCCAUCCUCAUCUUCCCCGGGGACGGAGGAAACAUUGACUGGGACGAGAUUGACUGGGAAAAGAUUGGCUUCCCGGCCUCGGCGGUGGAAAUGGAGGCCCGAUCCAGUUGCCGCCCGGCGUUGACGUUCCCGGAAGCCCUGGAACCUCCCGAGGAUGCCGAGCCUCAAGAGCCCAGGGGUGACCCGGGCGAUGUGACCACGUUGAACCACGUCCUGAAGAUGUUUGGCCUCGUUCCAGACGCCUUGAUCCGAGACGUCAUGGAUAUCGCCGGAGGCACUCUGUGUUACGAGUACGUCUAA